UGUCAGCCAAUGAAUGGAGGCGCAGAUGCAGGGAGAGGAGACGGCUGUACAAACCGGCUAACAGAGAGACAGAUAUCUACCGGGGAGAGAGAGAGAGAGAGUCUGCAGGCAAGAUCUAAUCUGUGAAACUCGUUUUUGCAACUGCUAGCAUCGACAUGGAGAAGAAAGUCACAGAUUUCUCAGGAAGAUGGAGAAUGAAGUCUUCGGAAAAUUUCGAUGAACUUUUGAAAGCACUUGGUGUGAACGUGUUCCUGAGGAAGAUCGCAGUGACGGCGGCCUCCAGCCCAGCAGUAGAAAUCACCCAGCAGGGAGAGAGUCUGUCCAUCAAGACAUCCACCAGCGUCCGCACCACCCAUGUCUCCUUCACUGUGGGUGAAUCCUUCAAUGAGACCACAGUGGAUGGACGUCCCUGCACGAGUUUUCCCAAGUGGGAAACAGACACCAAGAUCAGCUGUGAACAGACUUUACAGAAAGGCGAUGGGCCUAAAACAGGGUGGACCCGGGAGCUGACCAACGACAGAGAACUGAUACUGACAAUGACUGCCGGGGAUGUUGUCUGCACCAGAGUUUACGAGAGAGAAUGAGGACAUUUUUUCAAGACUGUCAUACAAUACUCCUGUUUUGUGUCCCUUGCAUGGUUUACAUUUACUCGCCUAGUUUUCGUUUUUUUCCACAGCCAGUCAGAUGUUGGUCAGACCUUGCUCAAACAGUCCACUAUGUAGAAGAGGCUUCUGUUUACAUUAAUGUAUAUUGGCACAACUGUCUUUAUAAUACCAAAGCUGAAUUUACUCUUUUUGUAUCAUACAGAAAUGUCACACAUUCCUUUUUGAAAGCUAUAUUACAGUGUCUAAAUCCUUUUUCUAGAUGUUAAUAAACUGUUUUGUAUGAA